GACAAACGUUUCACCGAGUACGACGUCCGAACAAAUGAGGACUCUGUUUGGAUUCCUCGGAACCAUAGAGGAGCUCAAACUGUUCCCGCCCGAGUGAGUAUUGUGAAUUAUGAACUGGUAAAUUAUCCUCUCCUCCACUAUCUAUGGCGGCUCACGCGGGGCUCUUGCUGAGGCCUACAGCAUCGAGCAGGCCUCGCUGCACGGUAGUGCUAAUGCUCCCGCGUCUUUAUUGAACGUGGCAACGCUUGCUUCUUUCAAAUUAGAUAUGCAUGUAUUUAACAAUACUUCAAUUCUUCAUCCAUACGCAUCUGCCGAUGAUCACAUUUGUCGAUUAAGCAAUCAAAAAAAUUGGUAAUCGUUUGUGUAAGUCGGUUAUCUAACACAUACACGGUAGGCAGCUAUACAUCCUGUUUAUCGAGUUAUCUGUAAUCUCUCCGUCAGAAAACAAAGUCAUAAAAAUAUACACGGGAGAAAUAAGCAUGAAUGGCUUAAUUUUAAUAAUCACCAGAGUUGCUCCUAAUUAUUUUGAUUUCAAGUGGGACUUAUGUGGCAGCUUUUCGUAUAAAAUGAGCUGUUGAUUAGCAUCCUAAACCAGCGACAGUGCAAAAGAACAACUAAUUAUGACUCUUAAUGAGCAGUGGGACAUUUGGUUACACGCCUGGUUGAGCUAAAUUGGAAUAUUUCCUUAGGUGCAUGCUUUGUUUAGAUCCACAGUGGACAAUAAUGAGCUACAGUACACACUGCACAGUGUUUUCUUACCUUAAUUCUCUCUGUGUUGUGUUUUCUCUGUUGAAUUACACGUGGCUACUGGACAGGUAUGAAAUAAUCAAGGUGGUGAUUUUCCGGGUAGAUGUAGUUGUAACAAUUUAGUAACUGUUUGAAAGUUUGAUCGCCGCCAGUUUUAUACCAGUAUUGAGUUUUAUCCUCAUACUGUGGUGCUAAGGAGUGCAACAGGAUCAGAAAUGGCUGAAGAAAAAGGUUGUGUGUCACCUCUGGAUGAUACUGUGUUGUACUAUGCAGAGGAUGCAGGGAACAAGAGUCACUCCUGUGCUUUCUUGUCCCUGUGGACACAGACUGAGUAUGAAGAAGGCAUGUUGUCUCCCCUUGUUUGUAUUCUUUGCACAACCUAUCUGUAUUUUCUUCCAGUGACUCUCCCUUGCCUGUGACUUCACGUGUCUGUUUUGUAAAAUUCCUUGAGGCUGAGUCCGUGGGAGUUUCCCAACACCUGACGAACACAGUCUUCGUGGACAGAGCCUUGAUCGUGGUCCCUUUCGCUGAAGUGGACAAGUCAUUUGCAGAGAGCCCCUUCCUUGCUGGCUGAAAGUGGUCCUCUGAUGCCAUCAGGAGAUUAGAAAAAAUAAUGGCACCAAUCGCAAGCCCCUUCUCUCUCUUGUUCUGCAGUAAAAUAUUAACUUUUUUUUCUCUCUGUUCAAGGCAUCUUUUUUGAAAAAAGAAAAAAAUAGCCUCACAACUGCUUAAUCAAAUUAGGGGAUUUGGGAGGGUGCAGGGAACUCUAAUGUCCUCACAUGUUGAAAGGAUUUUUUAUAUUCUCAGAUACAAUGUGUGUCAUGUAGUAGGCAUUCACCAAACAAGGGAUACCCCGAGCAAGUAGAAUAGUGUCAAGGCAAUCCAAACAUAUCGGAACCAUUUCUGAUCCUCUGUUUAUAUUUUAACCUUCUGCGAAUUGAAAUUCGGCAGCAAUGUGUUUGAAUGUUGUCUUAGAUACUGUGAAAGCCAUCAGAUCCACAGUGACAUAGCAGUAAAUGCUCUGCACAUACACAUAGGUGUUUCGGUUAUUGGUUGAUUUGAUCAUGUUUUUAGGAUCGGCUUGGGUUGGGCUGUGAUGGUUGGAUCGCAAACUCUAGUCCAGUAGGUGCAAGAAAACCAGGAAAAGAGUCAGGGUGAAGCUCCUGAAAACUGGUCUGAGCAGCCUAAUAAGAGAAAACACCUGUGUGGAUGUUGAAUCCAUCCCCUUCAAACACGCACACAAGUCUCCAAACUGAACUGACUUUUUUUUUCUUUUUUUUAAUGUAAAUUUCUUUAGCUGGAAACGUAUCACACAGCUACAUUAGAGGGAAAAUAUGAAUACUGGAUCAAAAUUUGGGUCUGUUUCCUUUUGUUAACACUAAUCAGACUUUAAACCAAUAAAAGAAGAGAAAAUGUUCGGGACAUCCCUACACCAGCACAAAGCAUGCCAAAUAGAAGAACUAAUCAGCUGUGCAUGCUAGACUAGAUUUUUGAAGGUGUUUGCCAUCAUCUGAGUUUUGGCCAGCGGGUGUUGUGGCAGUUAAUUCUGAUUUGGCUUUUGGUCAUAAUAAGCACAGAAACUGCCCUCGGCAUUUACUUGCUUUAUUUUCCAAAGCCUUGUAUUACUGUUAUUACUAUAAAUUACUGUAUUACUGUAAAUUUGCAUUCCAAAACUUUCACUAACACAAGAGAUAAUUAUGGUUUUAAGCCUCUUGAUGUUGCCGUAAAAAUGCAUUUUUAUUAACUUAAUUUUUUUAAUUGACCCUCUCCAAACAUGACUCUGAACGAGUUGAGUGAAUCUCAAGUUUAACAGUGGUGUUUCUUUUGUUGUUGUGUUUUACAGUUCUUUUUCCUGGUUCAGCCAGCCCUAUUUACCAGGCCCCGCUGAAAAUGCCACCAACAGUUUUGUCUUCUGCAGCCUUAUCCUGUUUCUCAAGUGUCCUUUCUGUUGUGUGCGUGGGUGUGCGUGGGUGCAUGUCUCCCCCCUCUCUCUCUCUCUCUCUCUCUCUCUCUCCCUCCCUCCCUCUCUCCUCCCUUCAUAAUGUAAAGAAACAUGUCAGAUUAAAAAAUAGCCUGUUUUCAGAUUGCACAGCCAUGGAUGAUCAUCUCAUGAGAUUUUUUUUUCUGUCAUUUUUACCGUUUGGUUCUCUUCAGCUUUGGGAAUAUUUUUCUUAUCACUACCUUUGCUGCCAAUAGCCUGUAAUUGUUCAGUGUAGAUUAUUGUUUAUUUACUAUAUUUUUUGUGACAUACUGUUGGCUAAAACCUGUCAGUACUGUAUUUGAUUAGCAGUACUUUACCUGGUUGUUAAGUGUUUUUUGUGGUGGGGUUGUAUAAAAAAACAAAAAGAGAGAGAACCCACCAGAAAAAGGCUAGAAAAGGUCAAAUGAGUAAGCCUUUUCUGUUUUUUGUAUUGGUAAUGGUAAGUGAUGUUGAAAUGUACCCUUGUGUCUACACCCAAAUCAUGAACUUUGUUUUCUGUAUCUCAAUGUUUUUGUGUGCUUUAUAGCGAAGCAGCCGGCGCGAGUCGCUUGUUCAUAAAACAUCUAAUGAAAGUUGAGAGCACAUCCCACGGGACAACUGGCUGUGCUUGCUUACGUUUGGUUCAUGACUUAAAAAACAAGUACAGGUGAUAAAAUCUUGGCAGUGUUGACCACAGUGUGUAUUGUGACUUUGAAACUUAUAGCUGCUAAUCCUACAAUCAUAUUCACAACAAAGCAAAACAGCAACAACAACAACAACAAAAGUCAGGGAUCAAGAUUUACAGACAAGACAAAAAAGUGGAUUUUUGUUUUUCAUUCUUUUACUACAGUGUAGUUAGACUGAGGUGGCUUGUCUGCAAGUCUUGUCUGAGUGUUGUCGACGUCGUCUUUGAAGAUGUACUGAGAUGUUCUUGGUUUUUCCUCCAGGAGUCAUUCCCGAUGAAUCUAAAGCUAUGUCGCUGUUGGCUCCAGCCAAUGCUGUGGCAGGAAUGAUGCCCGGUGGAGGCCUUCUUCCGACACCGAAUCCUCUGGCAUCUAUGGGAGCGACACCAUUUGGCGGUCUUGGAGCUCCUAGCAUUGAGCAGAUGGCUGCUAUGGGAAUGCCCGGACCGAACAUGAACCCCCAGGCUCUUUCCGCAGAUUUCCUGAAGCUCAUGCAAUCCAUGGAUCCCAAAUUGAACCUUGCAGCUGGAUUGAACUUGAGUCCAGGGCUGAAGGCUGAUGCAUCGAAUAAGGAGAUUGAAGAGGCCAUGAAGAGAGUCCGAGAGGCCCAGUCUCUUAUUUCUGCAGCUAUUGAACCAGGAAGUAAGAAAGAUGACAAGCGCAAACAUUCCCGCUCCCGUUCGCGUUCACGGCGUAGACGAACCAGAUCUCGUUCAAGACACAGACGUUCGAAGAGCAGAUCUCGGCGUAGGUCUCAUUCAAGGAGCAGGAGGAGGUCCAAGAGCCCACGGAAGAGGAGGUCCUACUCCCGGGAUCGAAGCCGUCGCAGUAGAUCUAGAGACAGGAGGAAGGAGGAGAAGUCCAAGAAAAGAUCCAAGACUCCCCCCAAAAGCUACAGCAGUGCCAGGAGGUCUCGGAGCAUUAAUCGGAGACACAGGCGAAGUCGCAGUGCUUCUCGCUCCCCUAAGAGAAGGGUCUCCAGGUCUCCGUCCCCCAGACGCCACAAGAAAGAAAAAAAGAAGGACAAGGACCGUGAGAAGGAAAGGGACCGAGACAGAAGGGAGGACAGGGACCGCAGCAGAGACGAACGCGAACGCUCCAACAGUAAGAAAAAAAAGAGCAAAGACAAAGAACGAGAUCGGGACCGCAAGUCCGACAGCGAGAAAGGAGAUGUUAAGGUGACUCGGGACUACGAUGAGGAGGAGCAGGGUUAUGACAGCGAAAAAGGAGAGGAGGAGGAGGACGAGAGGAAGAGCGACUCUGACUCAAUCUCGUCCCCGAAAAGCCAGGAGGAGAUGGAGAGAUCUGAGGGUCAAAUCCCCAAAAAGUCCAAACUGAAUGGAGAUGAUCACCACCAGGAAGACAUGGAGAUGAGCGACUAAAAACGUCCAAACCAGAUAGCAUCGUCUUUUCACUGUCCUUUUUAUAUUUUUAAUAUAGGCCACGAUAUGUCUGUGCCUGAUCGCUCCAAGUUAAACAGAUUUUGUCUUAACUGUAGAAACACUGCAAAGGAGGGUGGGCAGUGGGGUGUACGGAGGGGAGGGGGAGGCAGAACUUUUGUAAAGAUAUAAGAAACAAUUACUAAAAUAUGAAGAACAUGAAACCUGGUUUUAAAUUGUCAUUGCUGUACUUUUUAAAGAUUUUGUCAUUGGAGUUUGUUUGUCUUUCUGACAGUAGAAUACGCAGCGUUUUCCUCUAAAAACGCAGCAUCUGUAAAUAUUUUACUGGUCAGGACUUUGUCCUCAUUCACACUGCUCGUUGUUUGCCACUCACCGUUUUAUUUUUUCCAAACGAACCGUUUUGCUUUAACUGUGUAACACACCCAGCUGUGUUUCAUCUCUACUGACCUAUUUACAACCCUUUAUUAUUGUACAUUGUAGACUGAAAUGUGUUGUGACAAUGAAAUAUGUUGUCUGCAAUAGAAUUUCCAAAGGACACAAAUAAAAUUGGGGUAAACUGUCAA